GUGGUAGAUCGUGUAGAUCGAUAGAUGCAGAUGGAAUAGUAAAUCCCUCAAGUAUUGUUUAUUCAUUAAUGAUAUAAAAUAAUGGAACCAAUGCAUAUGGAUCAAGCUGAAGUUAAACCGCAGAAACUGCCUAUUCAUAUUUCCAAUAUAUCUGUUGGCACUGGGUUGUUUGAUAACGAAAAACUCGUACCAGCCGAAGUUGAAAUACUGCCUCUUAUUUACGAAAUAAUUCGGAGCAUCGAGAAGGAUCCUGUUGAUAAUACAGCUAAACAAAAGGAGAGUCAAGAUUGCAGUCAAAAGGUUCUGGAGUUGCAAAAGAGGCUGGAAACAGCCCGACGAGUCAUUCGACAAUUACCUGGGAUCGAAUAUAGCAAGGAGGAACAGUUACGUCGAUUGGAAAGUUUACGAAAGCAACUAUCAUUAAAACAGCAGCUUAUCAAAAAGUAUAAAAACGUACAAUUCUAACCGUAAAAAAAUAUGGUUCUCCGCGUUAUUUUGCGGUAUCUAGCCAACAAUGAGCAGUUAAUUCAACGUUUAUCAGAAAGUUAUCCAAUGCGUAGGGCUGCCCAAAUGCUCGUAAGUGCUUAUUACC